UUCUGACUUUUCAAUUCCGUCAAUAUUGGAAUCCGUUUCGAUUUUUUUCGUGCAACAAAUCCAAAUUGAAUGAUUUUGAGUUAUAAAUUUUAAAAUAGCGUACACUAACUCGGGUAUAAAAAGUGGAAUUGAAACAUUUUACCGUACGUUACACAUUGUUUGUAGUGAAUACACAGUCUAAAAGUUUUGGUACCAAUGACCAAUCAUGUCAAAUGCAUUCAUAUGGUGGUGAGCAGUCGAGAGGCUCAGUAGUCUUCUCGCUGCGUAUAACAUUACUUCAAAACGUGAAGCGCACCAGUGCGGUACUGCACGAUAAUAAUAUCAUGAUCGAAUGAUAACCUAGUUUCAUGAAAAGAUUCUAGUAGCAAUCUUCCUUUAUAACGCCGCGAAUUUCAAGAAGACUUUUGUGAAAGACUUAAAAUGUUUAGUAAAUUAUAUGAAAAAAGACUUCAGCAGCAGUGCAGUCCUGUGAGUAGGAACCAGUAUGUGCUGGCCCGGCCAGAGCCUAUGGACAGAUUUAUUCCAUGCAGAUUGGAUAAUAAUUGGCAGACAAGUUUUCAAGCUAUACGUCGAGGAACAGACAACCAGCCAGCUAAGAAAGCACGCAGUGAUGGCAGUGGGAAUGAGAACGCCAGCAGUGGGAGGGAUCACCUGGCCUAUGGCUGUCUUCUCCGCAAUGAGCUCCUGGGUGCACAGAUCGAAGAGUUGAGGGGUCCUCCAGCACCCUGCUCAGAUGGGAAUAGGGCCGCGCUGGGUUCUGUCCAGUUGCCAGGGACCGCUCAGGCCUUUUCACCGCCAGUAUUUAGAUUCAGAGCACAACCACAUAACGCUGAGGAGAAUAUCGACCCAUCUCCAUACAGCCUAUCGCCGGUGUCUGCAAAAUCACAGAAGUUGCUUCGGUCCCCACGGAAAGCGACUAGAAAGAUCUCUCGGAUACCUUUCAAAGUACUAGAUGCUCCAGAUCUUCAAGAUGACUUCUACCUAAAUCUGGUUGACUGGUCAGGGCAGAAUGUUCUCAGCGUCGGCUUGGGUAGCUGCGUCUAUCUUUGGAGUGCGUGUACUAGCCAAGUAACUCGACUUUGCGAUUAUUCGUCAGAUGGCAACACCGUAACAUCUGUGGCAUGGAGCGAGCGAGGCCACCACGUGGCUGUUGGCACACAGAAAGGUCACAUCAGUGUAUGGGAUGUGGCUGUCAAUAAAGAGGUAUCAAAUCUUCAAGGACACGUGGCUCGCGUGGGCGCUCUGGCAUGGAACGGCGACACGCUAAGUUCCGGCUCUCGGGACCGACACAUCAGACAGCGAGACACGCGGGCACCCAACUCAACAUCAUCACGUAUACUACAAGGGCAUAGACAAGAGGUGUGUGGAUUAAAGUGGUCUCCUGAUGGACAGUUGCUCGCUUCCGGUGGCAACGACAACAAACUCUUUGUUUGGUCUAUGCAUUCCCCAUCGCCAGUGCAAACAUAUUCGGCCCAUGUAGCAGCGGUGAAGGCAAUCGCCUGGUCUCCGCACCAGCACGGCCUUUUGGCCUCGGGCGGAGGAACGGCAGAUCGCUGCAUACGUUUCUGGAAUACGCUGACUUCUCAGCCUAUGCAAUGUGUGGAUACCGGCUCCCAAGUUUGCAACCUCGCGUGGUCUAAACACUCGAGCGAACUGGUCUCAACACACGGAUAUUCGCAGAACCAAAUACUUGUUUGGAAGUAUCCUUCGCUAACGCAGGUCGCAAAGCUAACCGGUCACUCAUAUAGAGUGCUUUACCUGGCCUUGUCCCCGGAUGGUGAGGCGAUCGUGACCGGCGCAGGAGACGAAACACUCAGAUUCUGGAACGUUUUCUCCAAAACACCUUCACAUAAAGAAAAUAAGAGCGUUUUAAACCUCUACACGGCUCUGAGAUAAGUGUUGCCAGAAUGACAUUGCCGAUUUAUUGGGAAAUUUUGGUGGUAGAUUGUGGUUUUUAGGUUAAUUAGGAUUGGUGUGUGGUUGGUUUUCGUAUGUGUGGUGUAAAACUCGGAAAGUUUUCAUUUAUAUAUUUCAAUAAAGUAAAGAGACACAAUUUAUAAAGUGUGUGCAAGUAUAAAAGUGUUCUUUGAAUAGUGUUGCCAUUCCGCAUAGACAAUUUGCCAAAUUACUUUGGAUUGUGAUCAUGUUUUAGAUGUAUUUAGUUGUAUAACUUUUAUAUUGUUUAUUUAGAAGACUAUCGCGCUCUCUCUUUAUAAAGUAUACUUAGAUAGAGAUAGCGACAAUUUGUCUUC